CCGCUUCCGGCGCUCGGCGUUCCCGCUCUCGCCGCCAUUUUCGCCGCCAUUGCCCCGGCCCGGAGCCGCCGCCGCCAUGGGCGCUCACCUGGGCCGGCGCUACCUGUGGGACGCCGAGGCCGAGCCCGACCCGCUGCACAUGCCGUCCUUCCCCGCCGAGCUGGGCAUGCCGCUCCGCCAGCCGCGCGCCAUGGUGGCCUCGGCGGAGCAGCUGGCCCAGGGCCGCGUGUCCCUGGAGCAGAGGGAUUUCUGCGGGCACCACCUGCUGCGGCUGCUGCGCUGCCACCGCGACAACUUCCCCGUGCCCUGGGGCUGCCACGCGCUGCGCCACGCCUGGGACAGCUGCCAGCACCACGACUACGUGAUGCGCAUGAAGGAGUUCGAGCGCGAGCGGCGCCUGCGGCUGCGGCAGCAACGGCUGCAACGGCGCCGCGGGGACAGCGGGGACAGCGAGUGACAGCGGGGGACAGCGGGGACAGCGAGUGACAAUGAGUGACAACGGGGACAGCGAGUGACAACGGGGGACAGCGAGUGACAGCGGGGACAGCGAGUGACAACGGGGGACAACGGGGGACAGCGAGUGACAAUGAGUGACAAUGAGUGACAACGGGGACGGCGAGUGACAACGGGGGACAGCGAGUGACAGCAGCACACCGCGAGGACAGCGAGUGACACUGUGGGGACAACAAGUAACAACAAGUGACACCUGAAUGACACCGAGUGACGCCUGGGACACUGAGUGCCACCAAGUGACACCUGGCUCAUCGAGUGACACCUGAAUGACACUGAGUGACACCCAGGACACCGAGUGCCACCACGGUGACACCUGGGACACUGAGUGCCACCAAGUGACACCUGGGUCAUCGAGUGACACCUGAAUGACACCGAGUGACACCAGGGACACCGAGUGACACCACGGUGACACCUGGGACACUGAGUGACACUGUGGUGACACACCCAGGACACCAAGUGGCACUGCGGUGACACCUGAGUGAUACCCAGGACACCGUGGUGACACCGAGUGACACCUGGGACACCAAGUGACACCUGGGAUACCAAGUGACACCUGAGUGACAGCCGGGGACACCGAGUGACACCCAAGUGACACCCCAGUGACAGUGACACGAGGCCACCCCGUAAUAAAGCUGUUGAGUGACAUUGAGUGACACCGAGUGACACCUGAGUGACACUGAGUGACACCUGAGUGGCAUCAGGGACACUGCGGUGACACUGAGUGACACCUGAGUGACACCAGGGAACCAAGUGACACCUGAGUGACACUGGAGACACCGAGUGACACCCGGGGGACUGAGUGACAUCCGAGUGACACCCCAGUGACAGUGACACAAGGCCACCCCCCAAUAAAGCUGUCAAGUGACACUGAGUGACACCCGAGUGACAGAGUGACACCAAGUGACACCGAGUGACACCGAAUGACACCCUGGUGACGGUGACAGGAAGCCACCCCCCAAUAAAGCUGUCAAGUGACAUUGAGUGACACCCCAGUGACAGUAACACGAGGCCACCCCACAAUAAAGCUGUCAAGUGACACUGAGUGA